CAGCUCUCGAGUGCGCGCAUUUAGCAGCGCAGCUAGUGUUUGUUUCAGCACGAAGCGGCACCAUGAGCCUGAAUAAACAUCAGCUGAGCGACUCUUUAUUUAUCUGGCUGCAGUCGUUUCAGGUGCCGUCGUGUGCGAGCAAACAUGAGCUGACCAGUGGAGUGGCCAUCGCACAUGUGCUCAACAAAAUAGAUUCGACAUGGUUCAAUGAGACGUGGCUCAGCAGGAUAAAAGAGGACGGAGGCACAAACUGGAGGCUGAAGGUCAGCAACCUCAAGAAGAUCCUCCAGAGCAUGAUGGAGUAUUAUCAUGACGUGUUGAGUCAGCAGGUGUCUGAUGAGCAUGUGCCUGAUGUGUCUCUGAUUGGAGAGAUGGGGGACGUCACUGAACUGGGUCGCCUGCUCCAGCUGGUUCUGGGCUGCGCCGUCAGCUGCGAUCGCAAACAAGAGCACAUUCAGCAGAUCAUGACGCUGGAGGAGUCAGUGCAGCAUGUUGUGAUGACGGCAAUACAAGAGCUGCUCACCAAAGAUCCAGUGGAGCCUGGUACACCAGAGACCUUCGGAGAUUUCGACAGUCAGCUGUCCGUCCUGAUGGAGGAGAAGUCGUGUCUGCAGGUGGAGGUUCAGUCUCUGCGGGAGCGCGUGUCUCACUGCGAGCCAUCUGACGUCUCCUCCACCAUCACCAACAAGAAGCUGCUGCUGCUGCAGAGUCAGAUGGAGCAGCUGCAGGAGGAGAACUACAGGCUGGAGAACAGUCGAGAUGAUCUGCGUGUGCGAGCUGAAGUUCUGGAGCGAGAGGUGAUGGACCUGCAGAUCAGAAAUGAAGAUCUGACCAGCCUCGCUCAGGAGGCCCAGGCUCUCAAAGACGAGAUGGACAUCCUGAGGCACUCUUCUGACCGUGUGAGCCGCCUGGAGGCGAUGGUGGAGACGUACAAGCGUAAGCUGGAGGAUCUGGGAGACCUGCGGCGUCAGGUGCGUCUGCUGGAGGAGAGGAACCACGUCUACAUGCAGCGCACCUGCGAACUGGAGGAGGAGCAGCGCAGAGCCAACGCCGUCCGCUCACAGCUCGACUCCUACAAGAGACAGGCUCAUGAGAUGAGCGCUAAACACUCAGCGGAGGCCAUGAAGGCGGAAAAAUGGCAGUUUGAGUACAAGAACCUCAACGAUAAAUACGAGACCCUGCAGAAGGAGCGAGAGAAGCUGAUUUCUGAACGAGACACACUGAGAGAGACGACUGAAGAGCUGAGGUGUGCUCAAGUCCAGCAGCAGUGUUUAACAGACUCUAUGAUUGGCGAUGCAGGGGCGGUUGGCAGUCUGGCAUCAGAAAUCAUGCCCACAGAGUUCAGGGAUACGGUUGUGCGUCUGCAGCAGGAGAAUAAGAUGCUGUGUGUUCAGGAGGAAUCGUACAGACACAGACUGGAGGAGCUCCAGACGCAGCUGGAGGAGGCGCAGCGCAGACAAAACACACUCGAGACGCACAACAGGUUGAGUCAGCAGCAGAUCUCAGACCUGUCCGCUCAGGUGGAGGAGCUGCAGAGAGCUUUACAGGAGCAGGACAGCAGGAACGAGGACUCGUCAUUGUUGAAGAAGAAGCUGGAGGAGCAUCUAGUGAAGCUCCACGAGGCUCAUUCUGACCUGCAGAAGAAGCGAGAAGUCAUUGAUGAUCUGGAGCCUCCUGUGGACAGUAACAUGGCGAAGAAGAUUGAUGAGCUGCAGGAGAUCCUGAAGAAGAAGGAUGAAGACAUGAGGAGAAUGGAGGACCGAUACAAGAGAUACGUGGAGAAAGCUCGCACGGUGAUAAAGACUCUGGAGCCGAAGCAGAAGUUAAACCCGGUUCCUCCUGAAGUUCAGGCUCUGAAGAACCAGCUGUCGGAGAAAGACAGGAAGAUCCAGCAUCUGGAGCAUGAUUUCGAGAAGACCAGAUCCAGACACGACCAGGAGGAGAAGCUCAUCAUCUCGGCCUGGUACAACAUGGGAAUGGCUCUUCAUCAGAGAGUGGCCGGCGAGCGCUCCUCCUCUUCCUCUUCUGCUCAGUCUUUUCUGGCGCAGCAGAGACAGUCGACUCAAGCCCGCAGAGGAUUCUCCCGCCUGCAGCCCAGAUGAACAAACCCCUCCGUCCCAUCCUGUCCCGCUCACUAGACAUCACUUUUAUUCUUUUACAUCCACUCCUCCUCUGUUUUUAGCCUAGUUGGUUCAUUUUAAGCGUUAAUCAUGAAUUUAAAGAGACGGUACAUCCAAAAUAAUGAAAAAUUCAGUUCCAAAUGUAUAAUUUUCUUCUGUUAAACACAAAAGAAGAUAUUUCGAAGAAUGCUGGGGGAAAAAGCAGCCACAGCUGCACCAACAAACACUAUGGAAGUCAACAGAUGCUUUUUUUCAUACAGCAUUUUUCAAAACAUCUUCUUUUGUGUUCAACAGAAGAAAGAAUUUUAAAUUGAACACAAAAGAAGAUAUUUGGAAGAAUGUUGGGGAAAAAAACAGCUGCUGACUUCCAUAGUAUUUGUUGAUCCUACUAUGCCCCUCCCCGCUCCCCCCAAUAUUCUUCAAAAUAUCUUCAUUCGUGUUCAGCAGAAGUACUCAGAUUUAAGAUUUCAUUUUUGGGUGUACUGUCCCUUUAAAUUCACGAUCCACUCCUUCUCUUGAUUUUUAGCCUUAUUACUUUAUUUUUAAGCGUUAAUCAUGAAUUUAAAGGGACAGUACACUCAAUAAAAUUUAAGUUAACUCAUAAAUCUAUGAGUUCUUUUGUUGAAUACAAAAGAUAUUUUGAAGAAUGUUGGGGGGGGGUUGUUGAUCCUAUUAUGGCUGCUUUUUUUUUAUUAUCCCCCAGCAUUCCUUAAAUUGUCUUCCCUUGUGUUCAAUAGAAUUUAAACUGAAUUUUCAUUUUUGUCUGAACUGUUCCUUUAAUGAAGAUUUAAAUUAACGAUCCACUCCUCUCGAUUUUUAGCUUCGUUGCUUUAUUUUAAGCAUUAAUAAUGAAUUUAAAGGGAUAGUACACCCAAUAAAAUGAAAAUGGAGUUCUAUGAAAUCUAGAAGUUUCUCUUCUGUUAAACACAAAAGAAGAUAUUUUGAAGAAUGUUGCAAAAAAACAAACAGCUGUUGACUUCCAUGGUGUUUGUUCCUCCUGUAUCCCCAGCAUUCUUCAAAAUAUCUUCUUUUGUGUUCAACAAAAGAAACAAACUUACAAAACUACUUAAAUGUGAGUAAAUAGUACUGAAGUUUAGAUUUUUUGGGGGGUGAACUAUCCCAUUAAUUAAGAUGAAUGAGUUUAAUUUCAUGGUGUUUGAGGGUUGUUGUUUUUUAAUGAUUUGUGUGUGUGUGUGUGUUCAUCAGGGUACGGCACAUGUGAACGCACUUUAAACACAACGUGCCUUCGAUUAUAUCUGUUAGAUAACAAACUUAAUGCUGGAGCGCAGCACAUCAGGUGCGUUUUUUUGGUCAUUUCUAUGUAAAUGUGGUUCAUUUGCAUGUGAAAACUGUUGCUGCUUUAAUUAUGUACGUUUUAUUUGACGUCACCAAAGUCUGCUGCUGAAGGACUGAAUCUGUAUUUAUUACUCUUAAAAAGACAGUUCACCUCCCAAAAAUAAACAUUUACUCACUAUUUAAGGGCUUUCAAAUCUUUGAGUAUCUUAUGUUAAGGAGAUAUUUUGAAGAAUGUUUAAAAUCUGCAACUAUUGACUUUCACAGCAUUUGUUUUUUUUCCUACAAUGGAAGUCAAUGGUUACAGGUUUGCAACAUUCUUCAAAGUAUCUUCUUUUGUGAUGGACAGAAGAAAGAAACCCAAACCAGUUUGAAAACGGGUAAAGAGUGCGUAAAUGUUUUAUUUGGGUGAACUGUCUCUUUAAAUGACACUGCUGUACGUUCAGAAACACUACUGUAUUCCAGCCUCAUCAGUUCAGAUAUUUUGGGUUAUUUUUGGGUCACUUUAAAACUGUUCUGUCUUUGUUUUGUUUGUUUUUUGGUUGGUUUAUCAAUGUCCGUUCACAGUUCUGAUGUUCAUUUGUGUGUGUCAUCACAGUGUUGUUGUUCAUGUUGAUGGUGUUGGACUGAUGAGGUCGGUAUGUAAUUAAGUCACUGUCCUUCUCUUUGCACUACAAUAAAUGAGUUUAUUGGUAUGAGAUAUCACACUUGCGUUGGGUUUAUGGGUGUUUUCUUUUAUUGUACGUCCUUUUGGAUCAUAAAUAAUGGAAUAAAUAUGAAGAACUGGAAUUUAA